GGAUGGCCAGGUGCAGAGGGGAUGGCACUCGGCUGCCUGCCGGGAGACUUUGCGCGAGUUGCUUCUCCAAACCUCAGUUCCUCUUCUGAAAAGUGGGAUCUCACAGGCCACUGUGCGUGCGUGCGUGCGUGCGUGAGCAAGCUUCCUCAGGCAGCACGGCCCCUUGGCGCCCACCGCCUGCCUGCAUCCCAGCGCCAAGGGGCUCAUCUGCCGGGGAAUCUAGACUGAUAUCCCAGGACCUCACCCUGCAAAGGAACGUGGUCCCUGAGGAAGGGGGCGGACAUUCUCAUCCUAGCCGACAGCGCUUCCCUAGGGAGAGGGGUACCCUCCCCCCACUUCCUUCUCUUCUUCCUCCAUCAUCUCUUACCCGGAGCAGAGGGAGAGGGAAGAACGCGGCCGGGCGCUGAACUGUUACUUCUCUGCUUGUCUCUAUGGUUUCGGUGGCUUUGGGGCAAGUUAUUUAAACACUCGCGCCUCAGUUUUCUCAUCUGCAAAAUGGAAUGGAGAGAAGUACUGGCACCUUUCUUGCAGUGCAGUAAGCAGGAGAGCAUCCGUGUAAGAAACCUACCACAGUCCUGGCGUGCUGUGGGGGCCCGGGCAACCUGAGCCCCCCCCACCCCCACUCCGGACGUGGUCCAGGCAGCCCCAGUCCCUCAGCCUCCUCAGCCCUCACAUCAGAUGGAGUCGGGUUCUCCGUGAGGCUGUGGGCGUGCACAUCUCGGGGGCCUGCACACCUGCGAGGCUGGCUUCUCCAGCGAUUCCCGGAAUAGCUGCUCAGGCAGCAUCUGUCCCCGGAGUGCACGGCCCAGUGAACAAAUGAAUGAACAGGCGGGGCUUCCUGGGGCUCCCACCAGGCCGGGAGGGGUCUCUGCGGGAGGCCCAGCAGGUAGUUCCUCCUGCGCUGCGCUCCCCGCUGGGCUCCCCGCUCUUAUCUUAGUUCCUCUUCAACCAUCAGAGGAGGGGCCGCCUCCAUUAUUUACCGUCAACACACCCAACCGGCCGCCACUGUGGGAGCAAAGGGCCCCAAGGAGACUGCAGAGACACAAGGGCAGCGCCCAGCAUGUUGGCCAACGUCACGGCGAAGCCGCUCUGCCCGCUCCUGGAGCACAUGAGCCGCCUCCAGAGCCACAGCAACUCCAGCAUCCGCUACAUGGACCACGCGUCGGCGCUGCUGCACGGGCUGGCGUCGCUGCUGGGCCUGGCGGAGAACGGCCUGGUGCUCUUCCUGGUGGGCUGCCGCAUGCGCCAGACCGUGGUCACCACCUGGGUGCUGCACCUGGCGCUGUCCGACCUGCUGGCCGCCGCCAGCCUGCCCUUCUUCACCUACUUCCUGGCCGUGGGCCACUCGUGGGAGCUGGGCACCACCUUCUGCAAGCUGCACUCCUCCGUCUUCUUCCUCAACAUGUUCGCGAGCGGCUUCCUGCUCAGCGCCAUCAGCCUGGACCGCUGCCUGCAGGCGCUGCGGCCCGUGUGGGCGCAGAACCACCGCACGGUGGCGGCGGCCCACAAGGUGUGCCUGGCGCUCUGGGCCCUGGCGGCGCUCAACACGGUGCCCUACUACGUGUUCCGGGACACCAUCCCACGGCGGGACGGGCGCGUCAUGUGCUACUACAACCUGCUGCUCCUCAACCCCGGGCCCGACCACGACGCCACGUGCAACGCGCGCCAGGUGGCCCUGGCCGUCAGCAAGUUCCUGCUGGCCUUCCUGGCGCCGCUGGCCAUCAUCGCCGCCAGCCACCUGGCCGUGAGCGCGCAGCUGCGCCACCGCGGCCGCCGGCGCUCGGGCCGCUUCGUGCGCCUGGUGGCGGCCGUGGUGGCGGCCUUCGCGCUCUGCUGGGGGCCCUACCACGUCUUCAGCCUCCUGGAGGCGCGCUCGCACGGCGACCCGGCGCUGCGGCCGCUGGUGUGGCGCGGGCUGCCCUUCGUCACCAGCCUGGCCUUCUUCAACAGCGUGGUCAACCCGCUGCUCUACGUGCUCACCUGCCCCGACAUGCUGCGCAAGCUGCGGCGCUCCCUGCGCAGCGUCCUGGAGAGCGUGCUGGUGGAGGACGGCGAGCUGGGCGCGGGCAGCCGCCGCCGCUCCUCCUCCGCCGCCCCCGCCCCGCGCGCCCCCCGCGCCCCCCGCCCUGCGCGCCUGCUGGGCUGGCUGCGCGGAGUCCGCGCGGCGCCGCCCGCGAAGGGCCGGGGACCCCAGGAGAGGGGCCCCCUGAACCGGGAGCUGAGCAACACCUCGGAUUAGAGGCGCGGCCGGCAUCGCCGUCCCCCUGCAAGGCACCAGCGCAGGCAUCCGGGAGGCACGGGCGUUAAAAUGCAGAUCCCCGGCCGCGGCCGCGGAGAGCGUGUCCCAGGGGCAGGCCCGGGAGUCUGCAUUUUAAAGUGCCCGCGUGGCUCAGCGAAGCCUUUUCAGCAACAGCCACGCACACCCCCCUGCGCGCCGCCUAGGGACCCCCAUGCAGUCUGCCAGCAGCCGGGCGGGCGCUGAGAUCUGCGUUGCUAACAAGCCCAGGAGGCCAUGUCCCAGUCGGUGCCCCUGGUCCACCCACCACGUGGGGCUAAGAUCCUAAGACUCCUCCAACUAGGGCAGGACGCCCUACAGACACAGGGCGUGAAUCCUUGGAGCUCAACUUUACCAGGUUUGGGAGGAGGGGGCGGGUUCUUUUACAGAAACCAGUGAGGUGGUUUUGGAGCAGAGGAGUAAGGUUGGAAGCCCUGUUCCAGUCUAGGGCUGAGGAGCAAUGUUGAGCCGGGCGCCCUGCCCACAUUCUGGAGGACAGGUCCUCUCAGCCGUUGCUACAGACGCGCAAAUGGAGGUGCAGGGAGGUGUGACCUGCCCAGAGCAGAGUCCGCCCACUGACCACCGCGCUCACUUGCUUAGUUACUAUGUAGCGGUGAGAGCACAGCCUGGCACCCCAGCUGAUGGAGACGGUGACUGUGGGGGCCCAUCUCCACCCGCUGGCCCAGCAUUGUUCAGUGUUAAAGGUGGAGAAGCAAAGGGGAGCUGAGGUCAGUGUGGGAACUAGCCAUGUUCAGUGGGUGUCUUCAAGGAUGCUCCUCAGUCUGGAGCACAGCAUGUGCACAGCAGCUGCAGGUCACAGCCCGUAUCCCUAGCUAACGUGCACCUCUGGGUGCCUGCUGUCCCAUGGCACGCUGCGCGGGCAAUGCUGGUCACCCAAGAGCCUUGCAGCGCCCACCUCCGACCACACAGGGGCCUGUGUGCCCAGGACAGCGGGUCUCCUUCCUCCGCCUGCCGGGGACUCGAGGUCAGACCGCACAUUCGACUCUGCAUCCCGGGGCCUGGCGCAGAGCUGGUGCCAACACGUUUGGGGGCAAAGCAUUAGUGGAAGAGCCCAUGCUCCCUGUGCCACCCCCUGGCUGGGCCCCUGGAGUCGGGCAGGUUUACUGCUCACUCCCAGGACAGGCAGGGCAGCCCACAGCAGGUGCCUGGCAAACUGAAGAGCCGCUGUACAGCUGACAGACAUCCGUAGGAACCUCUCGCCCAGGCCCCUCCCGCUUUAGUCACUGCACUGCUGCCACCUGCCGCGUAAUACACUGUUUAUUGUUCGCUCCGUGGGAGUGAGAGCUCCUGGGCUGCGACUCAUCUGCAUUCCCUGGCACCUGUGCUGUGCCUGUAUACAGCAGGUGCUCAAUAAAUAUGCUUGUAGACUGGA